UUUCGUGGCUCGGCUGGAUUGUUAUUAUGCUCAUUCGACUGAAUUCGUCUUCUGCUGUUGUGUCUUUUUCUUAACCGGUAUCAAUUAUUUGAUAAAUAUCUAAUAUUCUAAGCGAUUGGCGAGAGAACUUCGAGAUGUAAGUGAGGUUUUAUAGUCAGAAAAUCGUUGCCAAGGUAGGCAGCUAUUCCCGCACGAACUUCCUUCAAUAGCCGACUGUGAAUGUGGAAGGUGCACACAGCAAAUUGUGAGUAACUGAAUGUAAUAGGAUGUACGGCUGAACUUUGUGUUUUUCACAUGGAAUUUUGUCAUGACACUAUAUGAGUUUAGAAUAUAAUGUGUAGGAUGGCAACAAAAAUUGUAUAUUUUGAAGUCAGUGGCAGACACGAGCAAGCGGAAUUUAGCUGUUGUGAUGACGCUGAAGACUUGAGAGAAACAUUUCGUGCCGCAGCUGAAGCCAGUUCUAACGAUAUAUUAAAACUUUACAAUCCUAAAGGCAACCUCAUCAAUAUUUCUACAAACCUAACUUCUAAUUCACCUGAAACACGCUAUAAACUAGAAGUUGUUGCUGCACACUGUGAUGAUAAAGUGGACACAGCCGCAUUUGCAGCAAGAUUAGGAUUUGACAUGAGUGCAAUAGAAAACAGAUUACAAGCCUUGGAACAAAAGGUAUUUACUGAUGGGGGUGAUUUACCUGCUGAUGUUAAUGAAAUGAGGGAAAAAAUAGAUAACUUUAAAACCAAAUUAGAGGGUGUUGAACACCUGAGUUGGUUAGGAUUAUUUAAAGAUAUAUCAAGUGGUACUUCAUUACAACCAUUUUGGGACAGGCAGAAGUCACUCAAGAAAAGUGAAGAACACAAUAGACGGGUAUUUGAUAAAUUUAUGAAAAUGAGUCAAGUUCAAGUUACAGAUGAAGUAAGGGAUUAUUUACGGAAACCUACUUUUGAUAAUUGGCAAUGGGAUGAUCCUGAAAUGCUGAUAUUAUUGCGCCAAAUGUACAUAGAUUUAGGAUUUCUAACAAAAUUUAACAUUGAAUUACCAGUAUUACAUCAAUGGCUAUAUGAAAUAUACAAAAAUUAUAAUGGAGUGCCUUUUCACAAUUUUAAACAUUGUUUUAUGGUGGCACAAAUGAUGUAUGGUCUAACUUGGUUAAUUGAUCUGCCAUCGAUAUUAGAUGAUCUGGAUGUUCUUAUUUUAAUUACCUCAGCUAUUUGUCAUGAUCUUGAUCAUCCUGGCUACAAUAAUGCUUAUCAGAUAAAUGCUCGAACAGAUCUCGCCUUAAGAUAUAAUGACAUAUCACCAUUAGAAAAUCACCAUUGUUCAGUAGCUUUUGAAAUUUUAGAGAAGAAACACUGUAACAUUUUCCGUAAUCUUACAUUAGAUCAAUUUAAACGAGUUAGAGAGGGUAUGAUCAGGUGCAUUUUGGCCACAGAUAUGGCAAAACAUAAUGAAAUAUUGCAUUCAUUUAAAGGUGUUUUACCUAACUUUAAUCCUCAGGACAAGGAACAACGCUCAGUGUUGGAAAUGAUUCUCAUGAAAGUUUCUGAUAUAUCUAACGAGGCCCGUCCUUUAGAUGUAGCAGCACCUUGGGUAGACUGCCUUCUACAGGAAUUCUUUAAUCAGAGUGACUUAGAGAAGUUAGAAGGGUUACCAGUAGCACCAUUCAUGGAUCGUGAUAAAGUGACUAAACCUACAUCACAGAUAGGUUUUAUAAAGUUUGUUUUACUGCCAUUGUUUGAAACACUAGGACAACUGUUCCCUAUAGUAGAGAAUGACAUUAUAAAACCAGUAAGAACAGCACUUCAGUACUAUACAGACAUGCAAAAAGCAUUAGAUGAGGAAAAAAAGAAAAAAGAAGGAACAAAUGAUAAGUCGAAACAAAAUGGUAUUACUAACAAUAAUCAAACAAAGCUCAGUGUUUAGUAGAUAGAUAAUACUGAUAUAUAAUUUCAUGAUAUAUACUUCUGUGUUACGGUGUUCCCAAUAAUUGACAGAAGUCUUAUAUAUGACUAUUAUGUAUGUAUGUGCUUGCUGAAAGUUUAUUUAACAUAAUACAGACAUCACACAUAGACAAAUAGUGAUUCUUUAAAGGAGCUUGAAACUUUAAAAAAAAAAAUGACUCUGAUGUAUUUAGUUACACAGUGCUGUUAGUGAUUAAAAAUGAAUCAUGUUCUAUAUGUACAGUUGUGGACAGCUAGAAGACAUUGGAUGGGUGUUAAUGCUAUAAUAAAGUUUGUGUGAUAACUUCAUGCUGCAAGAUCUAUGUGGGCAUAAAAAGAACAGUUGUUUCCAGGUGACGACAUAAUUCUCAAAAUCAUAUUCAGUGAUUUAUAGAUUCAAAUCCCUUUCAGCUAUUCUCGUUGUUAUGUCAUAGGAAAACACUUCUAUUAUUACCAUGUUUUGAUAUAAAAUUUGUUAAGUGUAACUUCAAUUUUGAGUAUUUUGAAGUGAUUCAUGAUUUUUAAUGGUGUUUUUUUCCAGUGCUACUGACAACAAUAUAACUUUUUAGAAGAGUGCUUGAAUUAUGCAUAUCUAUAUAUAUGGUUCCCUUUAAUGCAUGUUUAAAUAAGAUUAUUUAUUGGUCUUUGUGAUUAAAUUUCAUACCCUUAGAAUACACUUUGUUCAUGAUGAGAUGAUAUCAAACCAUCUCUAAUAAGCAUUUAACAUGUUGAUAUUUCUAUAUACUGUAACCAAAGAAAUAUUUAUUGCUCAAUCCUUAAUCUGUUCUCAAAUCAGAUCUUAUAUAAUUACCUAAACUAAUCUAGUGGUAAAUUACAAUUAAAAUCAUAUAAAUAAGGUAUAAGAAAACAUUAGAAAUAAGACAGUGAACAUUUAGAUACUAAACACUGAAAACAAAAUGAAAACUACAAAAUAUUUUUUUAAAUUUUCAUAAAACAAUAUUAAUAUGAAUGGUAAAAGAAAUUACUUUUAGAUGUAUGAGAUUGUUUCUUUUGGUCUGUGUUUGUUUGUUGUUUUAUAAAUUGUAUAUGUGAUCUGUUUAUGUGAAACACCUAAAAAAAAUAUUUUGAUUAUAAGGAAAUAUACUAUUUUUAAAAAUUGAUAAAGAAAAAACAAAUUGAUUUGUUAGUGGCUGUUUUCUGUUUUUCCCGUUUUAAUUUAUUUAAAGGUAUGGAUGUAUGUUACAAAUUUGAGCUGUUAUGCAUAUUAAAGUAACAAGGAUUCACUGUAAAUUUUUAUAAAUUCACAAAAUAUAUUAUUUUUUUGUAAAAUGUUUAAAUGUAUUAGAAUACAACAUCGUUAACCUCUAAAGUUGUCCCAGAUGGGAGGAAUUUUCACAUUAAAUUUGUAUAAUCUGAAAUUUGAUGUGACUGAAUAUCAGGUCUUUAAAAAAUGUUAUGUUAUUGUUUGACCUCGCAGGGUUUAGAGUUAACCUUGAUAGUAAAAAGUUAAUUUCAUUGUGUUCUGUGCCAUUUCACGAGAUUCAUACAAAGAUAUUUCUGUAUAUAAUCCUUUCAAUUUUGGUGAAAAGAUGAAUGACAUUAGCAUGGCAUGGUUUUGUUAAAUAUAUUUGGCAAGUUCUGCUAAAACCUGUAGACUUUUUAGUCCCACUAACAGUAUUCAACAACGCAAAUUGUAUAUAUUAUUAUAAGUUUAGUUAUUUUAUUUUUAAUAUGAUGAUGAUAAUCAAUAAUUUGUAUAUUUAUGGUUGUGUGAAAUUGGAAAAAAAUCAUAAGAUUUAUAUAUAUAUAAGGGUAGAUCAUAAUAACAUGUAUCCAUAGGUGAAUAAUAUAAGUAUUUUUUGUCAUAGAAGAAUUUAUUCAUAAUUUUUCACUAGAAAUAAUUUAUAUAUAUUAUAAAUAUAUGUGGACGGAGACCACAAGAGAAGCAAAUGGCUGUGUAUUUUAGUAUAAUAAUAGAUGUAAAUAAUAUUUAGAACGAAAAUCAUAAUUGUAUUGUUUAAAAAAAAAAAAGAUUAAUUAGUUUAUCAUAUUUUACUUUUUAUUGUCUCAGACACAAUUUUUCAAUUUGUGCACAAAAUGCAAUUUGUUUUUUACUCUAACCUAUUUUAUACUAUAAAUUAUUAGACAUAUUUUAGUAGAGAUAAUACCUCAUGAUAGAGAGCACUCAUUUUCAUGAUUUUGUAAAAUAUGUUAUCAGUAAUUUUUAAAUUGUAUUUUGAAUAAUUUAAAAAUGAGCAUCACUUUCCUUCAUUUCUACCCAAGCUUAAAUAAAUUGCAUUUGAUUUUAAGUCAUCAAGAUCAGAUCUAGAUCUGUACUUGGUGUUCAAUGUUCAGGUUAUCUACACAGAAUAAAAAUACAUGUACACAAAUAAGGUAAAUGUGAAAAGUAUACUCAGGAACUGUACAUUACCAUUACAUACAUACUAGAUAAAGGUACAUGUAAAUGGAACUUGAUUAGAUAUUCAUCAACAUACUGGUUUCUUUACAGCUAGUUCUUUUUAUUUUUUAGCCGUGAAAUAUAUAUUGGGGGGUCGGGGGGUCUUCAACCCUAACCCUAACACUAUUUUAAAACCCCUAAAAAAUAUAAACAAACACCAUGUGGCCAUGCUGUCUACACAACUGUUUGCUGAUUGACCCACCGCGUGCAAAGUAUUAUGGCUACGUGGCUGGCUGAGCGGGCGAUAAAUAUUUGGUUUAGGCGAAAAUGUUUUUGGGUACCUACAUGCGUUUCAAGGAUGAUUCUCUCUGUGUUUUAUUUUAGCAAUGUAAACCAUAUUGGGAUAUGUACAGGUUUUAUACAGAUAGAAUCUUAACUAACCCUAAUAAUUGUUGUAAAUAAAUAGGAGUCAGGGUCUACUAUGUAAAAAAAAAUUUUUUGGGGGGGGGUUCCAAGUAUAUUCUGAACAAUUAUUUUUACAAAUAAGUAGAUAAUCAUAUUAAAUAGAUUUUUUAGGCAAAAUAUUUUAGGAAUCUAGGCUGAAAAUCAUGGGUGUAAUCAUGCAAAGCAUGAAGACAAUCUUCUCUUUAUAAACAAAAUAUUCUAAGAUUAUAUGAUCAGGCAUAGAGGCAUUUUCAGGAAAAAAUAGUAACUUAGCUUAUACCCAAUAUAAAAUAUAAAGAAGUUGUGAUGUACAUUUGAAUCUCAUUUAAAUGUUCUAUAUUUUCUGAAUAUGAAAAUCAUUUAAUGUAUAAAAUCAUUUGACAAAAAGAAAAAUAAUCUGUUA